AUGACAACUUUGGAGGCGAUGGCCACUACCUCGGCGGAGGCGGCAGAGUCGUCGACCGCGAGGGCGUCAUCGGAUACUGAGGCGGCAGCGGCUGAAGUAAUCGCGGCGCCGCCGCCGGCGUCUUCUGUUUUGCCGCUGGCGUCCGACACCGCCGAGAUCGUGGCCAUCUCCCGGCAGAUCCGCCGGUCCCUGGAUUGCCCGAUAUGUCUGACCCUGAUGUCUGUCAUGUCGUGCUACUGUCCCAACGGGCACGCCACGUGCCAGGCGUGCAUGAUGACGCUGUUUAGCAUCAACAACAACCGUGGCACCCUGUGCCCGCUGUGCCGGACGUCGAUGAUGCCGCUCGAGAGCACUUCGGCCAUGGUCGUCAAACUGGCCGAGGCGUCCCUGUCGGCGAAAGUGGCGUGCUCCAACUGGUCGUUCGGAUGCCCCGAGCUGGUGCCCGUGCGGUAUGUCAACGAACACGAGUCCGCGUGCCGGUACGUGCCGAACGUGCCAUGCCAGGUGUCCGUGUGCCAGUGGGUGGGAAUGUACGAACAGCUGUACGAACACGUGUCUAACGCUCACCCCGGUGUCGCCGUCGAGUCUUCGACGAACCGGCUGAACGUGACCGACCUUCUGUCAAUCUCAAAGAACCGGCGCCGGACGUACCUGGUCCGGUCGACGUACGGUAUGAUGUGGGUGUUGUUGUCGCGGGCGUCGCGAUCGCGGAUACAGGUGGGACUUUUUAUGGUGGACAACAGCACUUUGCAGAGCGGCCGACACCAGACAUCGACCCCUGGCCAAAGUCGAGACGACCAGCGGCCAACGGACAUCCAGUACCGGAUCACGUGGUUCGACGACAGCGGCCGGAGCAGGACUAAGUGCAGGACGAAGGAGGUCAACUGGAGCACGACCCUGAAAGAGGGCUACUACACUGCCUCGCCCAACGCAUAUUCCGUAUUCCGAUCCAGGACAGGUCACAUGGAGAUCAGCUGGUUCCCGCUCUUGCGGCACAACAACAAUCGCCGAACCAAUCCCUCGACAAACCACGAGUUAUGGCGACGAUGUAACAAUAAUUCUACUACCGAAAAUCAAUGAAUGUAUGUGUGUGUUCAUAAAAUAUUAAACGUGGAUGUGAUAAGUACGUACGACGAAGGUGGUGGCGUGGCAUAAUUUUAUUAAGAGGAUGCUUCGCGGAGAUUUUUUGCCUGCGUUCUGCAAGUGCUCAACAUAGCAAAUUCGACGUUCAGCAGAUCAUAUUUAGCUCCGUAAGUUUAAACAUUACAGUGAAUUGAGCUCUUAUAAAAUUUAAAGGU